AUGAAGGACAGAUCUAAUUGUUUAAUAUUCAUUAUCGUUUUUCUCAAUAUAUGGAUUACUCAUCUGUUUGCUAGUGGAAUAUUAUAUAAUACUCCCACUAAAGUCCUAACCAAUUCCGACCCAUCAAGCGAUGAAGAUUAUACGGAUUCGGAAGAAUAUGAAAUAACGGGAGUCAUACCUAUAAAAGGCCCCUAUUUUUCCGGGGCGACCGGCUGGAGUCAUUUAAGGGUCAAAAAUAGCAUUUAUCUUUUCACCUGGAGUUCUAAAACUAUAUGGAUAUCAAAAAUGGAGGAUUCCGAGGAUGAUCAACUGAAAUACGAACUGUUGUUAUCAGAGGAUAUAGGAAUGACUCACCAAAUCAAGGGUUAUAUGCUUCACGAUAGGAUAUAUCUAGCCAUAAUCCGUAUCGAUUCGGAAUACUUAGACAGUAUAUCGGCCUCAUAUUUAUGCCUUUUUGAGCCUGGUUACCCUAUAAAAUCUUCUGUCGAUCCCCAUUCACAGGGCUCAUCAAACUCUAAAUUAUCCAUCAUCCAAAGCUUGCCUACCCAUGGUAAGUCUCAUUUGGAACUUUUUUCCAAGAACAUGGAAAACUUUUUGACCAUAACUAAUCUGGAAAUAACGGAUGGCGACAAACACGACAUAGAAUUCGUGAUAUACAAAUGGGACCAUGCCCACAUGGACGUUUUGAUUUCACGCGAAUGUAUCAACGCGAUUAGGAAUAAAGUGUUCACGAUCGACGGCACACUCUACUUGUUUAUACUUCAAGAGAAAGGCAAGGAUGGUGAUCCAGAAGUGGGUUCACCUCUCUACAUGAUAGAUUUCGUUUACAAAAAAUCUAGUAUGAUACAAAUACUUCAAACGAAUAGUCCUACUGACGUUUCAUACAUCGAAAGAAACGGUGCACACUAUUUAAUUAUAACGAACUCGGAUGGUUAUACAGAUAUCUGGGGAUGGAUGUACGGGAACCAAUUUGUCAAAUACCAAAGUUUGUACACGCCGAAACCUGUCAAAGUUGAACACUUUUUUGCUCCCAACAAUAAGAUGGGAUUGAUAAUACUCGAUUCUUAUAAUUCCACCCUAAAAAUAUUCUCGGAGAAAUCGAGCGAACCGCAAUCAGAAUCAGAAACAACUAUAUUCGACGAUUUUAUCGAGAGAGAGGAUUUGACGGCAAUUUUAAGUGACACAUAUCCGGGUCAUCCAUACCCCUCCAUCAGUUAUAUAGAUACCAUUCAAACUGAAAAAUCGGUUUACUUUACAGUUGCAACUUUGGAAUCGAUUAGUAAUUAUUCCAAUCACACGGAAAAGAAGCAUUUUCACUCGGUGUUCAAGCUUCGAUUUGAGACCGUGGAAAAAACGGAAUAUAUGCCCAACGAUACCCUGAUACUUCAAUUCAAAAAUUUGUUCGAGGAAAUUCAAUCUACGCUUAAUAAGGUGACCGAUAUCAAUUUCGAAAUUAACACGAUUCUCCAAAAAACUUUGCCUCAGAACAUAACUAAAGAUGUCAUUAUAAAUGGAGAUCUGAUCGUGAAUGGCACCAUAAAAAUCCAGAAUUUGGUAAUUAAUACUAAUCGGACAGAAUUUCCAAUUAUUGAUAUAAGCGAAUUGGAUACCCUGACAACUUCUGCCGAAAACUACAGUCUCUUCUUUGACGAUAUUCUUUUAACGAAUCAACCGAAUCAAACUUUAAACGGGGAAUUCCAAUUUCUUGAUAGGAAUUUAACCAUAAGCGACGAAUUCAACUGUCCAUCCAUAAUGGUCGAGGGAGAUGUAAAUGGAAUUUUUAUCAACGAGUUAGAUCAGCAUUGCUUAAUGUCACCUAACCCAACCAAUCCCCACUCUGACCAAUCUCAAGUGAUUAAAGGAAUUUGGACUGUACCUCAAGAUAAAAAGGUUUUCGCUAGUUUCGUGAAUUACACGGGCCGGCUAAAUAAUCUUACUCCUCUCAUAGCUUCGACCCAAAACAAUGAGCUGGUAUUCAAGGAAGUCUCCUUCGAGAAGGGUCUUUACGUUAAAGAACUGUUGGAAUUAAAAGGCACGCUUAACGGAUUGGACGACUUUUCUCCCACAAAUAUAGAAUCGAAUGAAAAUCAGAUAUCCGUUAAGGCUAAAAAAAUAUUGAACGGUAACCUGAGAAUCAUAGGCAAUUUCGAGGUUGUCACAGAUGUCAAUAAAAACUUGAACAUCAAUAAAUGGAUGAAGGAUACCAAAUUUUUGACGAUCGAAGGAGAACAAUCAAUAAAGUCUCAAAUCACGUUUGACGCACCAACCCAAUUUGAAAAAGUGGUUUUUAAAACUGUGAAUGAUAUGAAUAUGAAUGAUUUCCUCAAUAACAUCGUCCCAUCCAAUGGCGAUUACCAAGUCAUAACGGGUCGUAAAACAUUUACCUCCGAUGUCACAAUAGCCAAGGAUGCCUUAUUCACCGGCUCAUUGAACAACUUAAGUCUGGACAAAGACUUUGUGAUUAUCCGAGAAAAUCCAUCCAUAUUCAGGCUGUACGCUUUCGUAUUCACGGAUUCGGUUAGCAUUGAAAAGGAGAUCAAUGUCGAAUAUGUGAACGGAAGGAAUUUUUCUGACGAUGUUUUGACCAAAAAUUCUAUUCAGAGGAUAACCGGGAAAUGGAGAUUCUUAAACGAUGUAACUUUCAUGGGUACCACUCAAAUAGACGAAUAUAAAAAUGCCAUAAAUGUAGAUUCAGGAGUAAAAAUUAAUGGGGUAGAUUUAUCUGAAACGAUUCCCAAAUUGGCAAAGAAACAAGGUGGGAAUAGGUUUAAGGAAGAGGUGACUUUUCAUGUUGAUGCCACGGAUAUCGAAGGCAAUAUAACUAUCAAUGAGGAAAAGAAAAUUAACGAUCACGAUAUUAUUGAUAUUACAGAUAUUUGGACUCUCACUACGGAUCAAAUGAUCCCGAUUCAAAACUUGAAUAUUCUUUCCAAAAUCGUGGUAAACGACAAGUUAAUUUGCAAUCGCGUAAAUGGUUUUGACGUUAGGAAAGAUUUUGUCAAUUUUAUCGAGCCGAAUCACAUCAAAGGUCCUGUCAGUUUUUCGGAUAAGUUGACCGUCAAUAAUCUUAUGUUUAACGGUCAUGCUAAAUUGAACGGUAUUCAACCUAACUCUUACCUUAAUAAAGUAAUAUACGUGGACUCUAACGAACCUAUAAUAUAUAUAAACGGUGAUAUCGUAUUUGCGAAAGAUGUCACAUUUCACAACGACGUUCGAAUCGAAAAAUCUUUGAAUGGACACGAUCUUUACAAGGAUUUCUUGUUAAAUGGAACGGUUCAAGAAUUGAAAGCUUCCCACCUGAAACCGGAUAUUAUGGUCGUAGUAGGGGACAUGGUUAUACAAGGUGGUCUUACUGUUAUCGAUGAAUCGCCGGGCACUUCCAUUGUUCAAGGCUAUGAGCUGGAAACAUUUUGCAACUCUAUAGUGCAUCCCUCUAAUCCCUUCUUAGUUCCGGGGGAAAAAAACAUUCCUAUAAGGGGUAAAAAGAUCUUUAUAACUAAAGCGAAUAUUGAAUCAUUGGUGGUAACUGGCAACUUUAACGAUAUCAACGCCCAAGAGUUUCAAGAUUAUAUGGAAAACGCAGUAUUAAUUGACCCUUCUAAAGCCGAGGUCGAGAUAAAAGGCGCGUAUAAUUUGACCUUUGAAGGGAAAUUGAGUAUAGAGCCUACCCAUACUUUGAAUCAUGAUUAUCACGAAAAUUCUGGAUACGGAGGUAUUCCUAAUAAACGCAAGGCUUCUUCUACGGGUAUAAAAAUACUGGGAAAACUUAUUACACCUAUACAAAUUUUAGCGGUCGACUCUGACUAUAAUAAAGAUUAUGAUAAUGAUAAAGGGUACCGCUACGUAGAAAUAAGCAACUUCACUCGUUUCUUGGAACUUGUCAUAACGGAAAAUGAAAUAAGUGGAGGUAAUGCGCAGCCCUAUAUGAAUGGUUUAAAAAGCCACGCGAGAAUAUCUGGCAAGAAAAUAUUUCUCGGGCCCGUCACUUUUUCCGGGGGUCUGAAUGUAGGGUCAGAUUAUUUUUUCAACGGAGUCGAUUUAAACGAAUUAAAAAACAGUCUGUUGGACAUUCACAGCGAACAAACCUUGACGUCUAAGCUUAACUUUGAAAAGGGUGUCACGAUAAAAAAUUUGAUAAUUCAAGAUGAACAAAAGGUGAAAAUAUUUGGGCAAUUGUAUAGCGAUCUCUAUAAAUUGGACUUGAGCGAUGCCAAAAGACCAUCACUAAUCAUCGACGAGGACGUGAUAUUCGAGAACGAUGUUGAAUUUAUCGGGAAAGACGUAUAUAUUGAGGAUACCCUCAAUGGAAUCCCGUUUACUGAUGUGUUAGUUAAACUCGAUUCCACCUCGGAUGUCCUGAUAUUCGACAAAGAUCAAGAAUUCGAGGAUUUAUUGAUUCUGGGUGAUAUUAAAACCCACGGAGGGGUUAAUGGGAUACAACUUAGAGAUUUACAAAAAAAUAGUCUAAUGCACGAUAUCCCACAAGUCAUAGAAGAUAAUUGGAUUUUUAAUGGAGAAGUCAGCUUUGGCGAAAACGUCCUUUUCAAUAAUUUGAUCAACGAAAAUAAUUUAACCGAAUUUUACGAAAAUGCUUUAUUACGCAACAAUAAUGGCGAGCCUCAAGUCAUACAUGGGGAUUUGACGAUCAUAGGAUCUGAUCAGGCAGGUCAGUUAACGAACAUCACGGUUAACGAGGAAUUCAGUAUCAAUACCUUAAAUAUCGAUGCCCAUUUUAACGGCUAUGAUUUAAAUAAGCUAACCAAGAACGCUGUACAUAAAAAGGCCAAUCCCAUUAUAAUUAUUACCUCAAACGUGGUAUACACUCAUGAGGAAAUACAUUUCAAAAAGGGAUUAGAUGUAGAAGGUCACAUAAAUGGUGCCAAGUUCCCUGAAGAUUUUGUACCUAUCCAUAACACCGAGGAUACCGUUUACGUCCCGGGACACACAAUAAUCUUAAAUUCAGAUGUUAGAGUGCUAAAUGAUAUAGAGGUCGAGGGAAAAAUCAAUGAUAUUAAGUUGGUUCAUUUUUCGGAAAGCAUUUUGAAUCUGGAAGAAUACGCCAUGGAAUUAACUGGAGUUGUCAAGUUUUACGGGGAUGUUAUCGCAGAAAAAGAUGUAAUAUUCUUUGACACUGUGAACGAUAUGAAUUUAAGCCAAGAUUUGGUGCUUAAGCACGGAGAUUUCGAUAUAACGGGCGAAAAACACAUGCUAAAGGACAUGACUCUUAACGAUGACAUAUAUGGAACGUGCAGAGUUAUCAAUGGAAUAGAUUUACCGGAGCUGGCUGAAGUAUUGGUCAGGAAAAGAACAAAUGCUACUUUAAACUAUAAUAUGAUUUUCAAAAAAUCUGUUGAGAUAAAGCAAAACGUACAAUUUCGUAGCUUGUUAAAUGGGCUAAAUAUCAAUGGUUUAGAAAAUAUUUUCGAAGAUUCACUAGAACGUUUGAACAAAGAAAUGGACACACUUUCUGGCGAAAUUAAAUAUCACGAUUUGAUCUUGGAUUCACAAAUAAAGGCGUCUUUGAGGCAACCGGCAAUAUUGGCUUAUUGGGAAAUUUCACAAACGUGGCCAGAAAUGACAGAGACUUUUAGAUAUGAUUUUUUAAGCUAUUACGAUACCCAUUUCAUUUAUAAAUGGGUCCAUAACGGAUCAGGUUGUCACAAUCUUCCCAAGGAAUGUCGCUGCGAUCAAAUGGAGCUCUUAGAAUUAACGAAAGAUGGAGCGUUAGGUGAUAGAGAAAUCUUAGGUCAUUUCAGGGAUUUUCCUAUGUCUAUAAAUUUGCAAAAAUUUGAUUCAUCUCAACCUCAAAUUAUGGAUUAUAAAAACGAAAAAACGGAUUCGGUCCCUAAUAUAAUGUUGAUAGUAUCCUCUCGAAGUAUAAGCUACAGCAAAGAAUGUACAACAAAAUCUCCAGCGUCCUCAUCUAUACUUACUGGUGGAUAUUCUGUCAAUCAGAAUGAGAAUGAACAGAUGAUUAGCAAAAAUAUCGAAAAUAAUGAACAAACCAUAGCCUAUUUACUGGGAGAUUUUAGUCAUUUAAAGAAAUAUAACCUGCCAAAUGAAGAACAUGCUAAAAUUUCUUAUAAGAUAGGUAAUAAUGGAAGCGAACAAAAUAAUACUCGCUCUUUCAUUCUGAGGGGAAAGACAGUUUUGUCGACGAAAUUUGUCUCGGAUGCUAUAUACUUCUACAGAAAUCAUAAUUUGUAUAUUGUCAUAGUAAAUUAUUUCGACAAAGCGCUUGUAUCACACAACGUGGAUUCGUACAUUUAUAAAUUCGAUACCUCUGUCGAGGAUUGGGUUAGGAUUCAAUCCAUUCCAACUCAUGGCGCAAUUUCAGGCACCCUAUUCGUAUCCUCGAUUUUUAAAGAUUACUCAACUAGGAUCCACAACAAUCUGUAUCUGGCAAUAGCUAAUAUGUAUGAUUCAGUCGAGAAAAGUUACUCUACCCACUCAUUCAUUUACAAAUGGGAUGAUGAAGCGGAGCAGUUCAAUCCUAUUAUGAGUGUACACACUGAGACUGCUAAAGAUGUUGUAUCCAUGACUAUUAAACAGAGUGGUUAUGUGAUUUUUGCGAACGAAAAGACGAGCAGAUCGCAUGAAGCAAUUUUUAACAAUGAAUAUCAAGAGCCUAUAACCGUGUUUUAUCAUGAUCCUAAGAAAGAUAAAUUCGUCAGAAUUCAAGAUCAUUACAUUCCUGGCGUUUCGAAAUUAGACACAUUUAUCAUUAAUGACAAUUACUAUUUGGCCGCUGUGAGUCCCGUGGAGAACAAAAUUUUUAUUUAUAAAUGGCGUGAAUAUUUAUUAUUUACACUCGAAAUGGAAAUCCCUAAUGAAGGUUGCAAAUCCAUUCAUACAUUUUGGGAUAGGGGAAAUCUUUAUAUGGCUAUUGGUAAUAUCGGAUCUUAUGACCAACUUUUGAUAGCUAAGAUUCGCGGAAACAAGGAUAAAGAGGAUCUAAAAAACCUAAAAAGAAAUUAUUUUGUCCCUUCAAAAACGCCUAAAAAUCCUUAUUGGGUGGAGAUUGAUAACGAUAUUAAAAAAGGUUCCGGGAAUUUCACUCAAAGACGUUUUGUUAGUCCUACCUCCCAUUCGGUGGUCACUUUGCCGCAGAGUACUCCUACAGAAGUGUCUGUCACUUCAAAUACCUUUUCCACGACAAUCGGAAUCGACAAAGAUAUCAGAGAUAUUUUCACUCCCUCAGAUGAUUUGCAUGUAAUAACGGUUGAUAUUGUUGAGAAUGAUACCACAACAACAGUUUUAAUGCCAACUGAUGCAAAUAUCUCUUCCAUUCCUAGCGGAAUAACCCAAAAAACAUUUUUAAUGCCAACUGAUACAAAUAUCUCUUCCAUUCCUAGCGAAAUAACCAAAAAAACAUUUUUGCCCACAAUUUCGCCUCACAUAAAAGAUUCUCUUACAACUUUAUUGAGUAAUUCCUCCACAAUCGAAAUAUACGAUGACACGAUAACUAAAACCGCAAAAUAUAAUAUCACUACUCAAGCUAGCAGUUUUAUAAACGAGAACGUUACCUACCAAACUUUAACUGAUACCAUACCAAAGAGUGACCUAAAUAUAUCAACGGAUAAAUACGUGAUGACUACUACUUACAAACCCACAGACUUUAUCAAUAUGACCAACGUAACCUAUGCGCCUGAUACUACAGAUAUUUACGAAUUAACAUUUUACACUGACACUGAGGAGCCUAAUAACACUUACACAUCUUUGCCGUCAGGACCUUCAAGCUUUUAUGUUAAAAAUAUGGUCAAUCAUACAGUCUCAAUUUUGACUAAUAGUUCUUCAAAUAACAACAGUGAUUAUCAUAUAACAUUGCCAUCCACAAUUCCCGAUUCAAGUUCUGAUAUUAAUAUAACUUUUUCUAUCACUAACAUUACUCACCCUACUACGUUGGAAUACAUUAUUGACAACACCACGACCUUAAACAAUAGUAGCUUAAACACCACUACCUAUAACGAUAUAUUAAACGCCACAACCUAUAACGAGUCUUCAAAAGCCGCUACCAUCAAUGUUCCAGUGAUAACUGAGUAUGACUAUUUUUCAAAACCUGCAUUAUCUUCAGCUUCUUCAAGCAAUGAGACAGAAAAUAGAUAUCAAUCAGAUAAUGCCACUACCACUAGGAUUAAUAUAGAAACUCAUUCUACUAUAUUAACUAUGGGCUAUGUCCAAAACCAAACGGAUACUACAGGAUACACAGACUACGCUAAUCUUAACGACACCUUAAUAUACUCCUAUAUUGAAACUAUGUAUACUACCCCUAGCAAUACAUCUUAUAAUGAUAUAAACUCUACCAUAAUGAGUUUAACCCCUCUAUAUACAGGGCACGGAAUAUUACCCGAAUUGUUGAAUAAAUCAGGGCUCUUAGAUGAGGAGUUGAAUAUUUCCAACUUCCAUUUUUUAAAUCAGAGUGGAGAUCACCUUAAAAAGUUUUUGCCAAAAAACAUUAGCGAUAAAGAGGUCGAAACCCUAAUAAAAGGUAUAGAAGAGGAAUUGGUGAUGGAUUAUGAGCAUUUGAAGCACACAUCCGCCCAUACCAAAUCUGUGGCACACGAUCCAUACAGUACUAAAAAGAUAACCGAUUACACAGUUACUGAGGAAAAUAGUUCAACUACCCCAUUCCAUACCAUUAUACCUGAAAUGGAAACUAUAUCAUCAUCAACCGAAAAUAUGGAGAGUACCAGAAAAAUUAAGAAAACAGACAUGUCUAAGUUAAAACCUGGGGGUGCAUAUUUUUCAAGAAACAGAAAUCAUCCAAAUUAA